GCACUUAUGACACUGUUAAUCGGCAUCGAUGAGAAGAAUUGAGAAACUCCCUCGCCAUCGGGCCACUAGUCUGCUCGGCUCCUCCCAGCGAUUCCCCGUGGUCCUCGCCGGCGGCGGCUCCUCCCAGCGGUUCCCCGUCGUCCUCGACGGCGGCGGCUAGGGACUGAGCGUCCUGCGUCGUUCCUUCUGCCUGCUAGGACGAGCAGGGGAUCGAAUUAACCACAUGCCGUUCGCCGGAGCCAUCGCCAUCGCCGUCCUCUUGCUUGUCCCCUGUGCCAAGGCCACGUCGGGGGGCCUCAUGAUCGAGCAGAUCUUGUCUGACAAGGGGUGUGGUGCCUUCGCCGGCCUCGUUGCCACCACGGCCGGCGUGGGCGAGGUGUUCCGUUCCUUUUUAGAGAAGGAGGCUGAAACCCCCGACGUGUUCGACGUGUUCGGUGAGAAGAGGGCCCGCAAUGCGGGGCUCACCAUUUUCUGCCCAGACGACGAGGCGGUGGCGGCAUUCACUCCGAGAUUCAACAAGCUCAGCGACUACGCGCAGGUCGCCCUUCUUCUGUACCAUGGAGUGCCGUCGCGUCGCUCCGAGGAGGCGCUCAGGUUGAUCAACGGGGAGGAGGUGCCGACGCUUGAUAAGGGGCCCUUGCCGGGCUCCAGAAGCAUGCUCACCAUCGAUGUCUACGAAGAUAUCGUGGUACUUUCUUCGCCGUUGCCGUCGCCGUCGGUUGCUGCUGUCACCGAGAUGGUCGUCGACCACGACCGCCUGGCUGUCUACAUCAUCGACGACGUGAUGAUUCCGAGAGAGCCAGAGAUUGGAUUCCCAGCCUUGCUUCUUUUCUUUGGGCUCCUGGCGUUGGCAGCGCUGGUGCUCGCGCAGGUAUUAUUGAUCUUCGGUGACGUCUGAGAAGAUCGUUUCGUGUCAAGAUCGCUACUACCUAUGUUGUGGCUCCAUAUAUAAGCGACAAGGACCUUAGUUCAUGAUUGUUUCAUUUACAUCAGCUGGCCUAAUGUUAACUACUUCUGCAUCGACAUUAUCCUGCUCUGCGUCAUACUUGGUAUUGCUGCCUACCUUUACAAGCAAUGUGCUUAAGAAGUGAGUGAGGUGCAACGGUGUGCUCAUGCGUGGUCGGUAGUGAUCUUGCAUUGGAUUCCCUACUUGUCAUGUCCUGCUGUGAUGGGUUUCAAGUAAUUCCUUUCGUCUCAUCUGUGUAAUAUCAUGGUGGUCUUAGAUUAUUAUGCUGGUUGAAGAAGUGAUGAUUAUAUGUGUGUUGACCUGAUUGAUGUCUGAUUGUAUGUAUAUUUCGAGUAAAUUGCUUAGUAAGAGUACAAACAUCAUUCUUUUGUUCGAAA